UAAAAAACUACUUUAGCUGUGUUUGUACAGCCAGGGUCACGUAAAUAAAAUAUGAUUAAGAUGUGGAAGAAUAUACAUUUACGGUAACAACACAUUUUUUUAUUGAACCAGAUUUGUAUUCUCUCAAACUGUUGUGUUGACUUUAAAACUGCCAUCUAGUGGACUUUUGUAAGAAGUGUUUAACUGGCAGCAAGUUGCGAAAUAAGGAAAUGCUUGAGUUCAGGGAAAACGAAAGUAACCGGCUGUCGAUCGGAGCACUGUAUGUAUUUCUCUUUCUUUGUCUUCAUACAGUAAAAUGGCAGAAGCCUCUAUUUCAGUAUCUCAGGAUCAGUUCAUCUGUUCAAUCUGUCUGGAUCUACUGAAGGAUCCAGUGGCAAUUCCUUGUGGACACAGUUACUGUAUGAGCUGUAUUACAGACUACUGGGAUCAGAAGAGAGACUACAGCUGCCCUCAAUGCAGACAGACCUUCACUACAAGACCUGUUUUAGGUAAAAACACCAUGCUGGCUGAAGUGGUGGAGAAACUGAAGAAGACUAAACUACAAGCUGCUCGUCCUGAUCACUGUUAUGCUGAAGCUGGAGAUGUGGAGUGUGACGUCUGUACUGAGAGAAAACACAAAGCUGUCAAGUCCUGUCUGGUGUGUCUGAACUCUUACUGUCAAAAUCAUCUUGAACAACAUGAGAAAUUCUUCAAAGGCAAGAAGCACAACCUGAUAGACGCCACUGGACGACUUCAGGAGAUGAUCUGCCCUCAACAUGAGAAACUCCUUGAGAUUUACUGUCGUACUGAUCAGCUCUGUAUAUGUUAUCUGUGUAUGGCAGGCAUGCACAAAAAUCACGAUACUAUAUCAGCUAAAGAAGAGAGGACAGAGAAACUGAAACAACUGAAGGAAACACAGAAAAAAUUCCAAGAGAGAAUCCAGGAGAGUCAGAAGAAGCUUCAGGAGCUGAGAGAUGCUGUGGAGACUCAUAAGCGCUCUGCACAGACAGCAGUGGACGACACUGAGAGGAUCUUUACUCAACUGAUCACAUCCAUUGAGAGAAGACAAUCUGAGGUGACACAGCUGAUCAGAGAUCAGGAAAAGACUGCAGUGAGUCGAGCUGAAGGACUCUUGAAGCGACUGGAGCAGGAGAUUGAUGAUCUGAGGAGGAGAGAUGCUGAGCUUGAACAGUUUGUACACACAGAUGAUCACAUCCAUUUCCUCCAGAGUUUCCAGUCUCUCUCUGUUCCUCCUGGAUCUACAGACUCACUCAACAUUACUGUCAGUUCUUUCCUCUCUUUUGAUGAUGUAGAAAAAUCUUUGUCUCAUCUGAGAGAGAAACUGGAGGAUUUCUGCAGAGAAGAGAUAGAAAAGAUAUCUGAUAGAGUGAAACGCAUAAUGAUUUUUCCUGUGCCUGAACCCAAGACCAGGGAGGAGUUCCUCCAAUAUUCCCACCAGCUGACACUGGAUUCAAAGACAGCACAUAAAAGUCUCUGUCUGUCUGAGGGAAACAGAGUGGUUAACACUGGGACAGUCCAGCCGUAUCCUGAUCAUCCAGACAGAUUUGAUGAUUAUGCUCAGGUGUUGUGUAGUGAGAGUGUGAGUGGACGCUGUUACUGGGAGGUUGAGUUGAGUGGUUGGGUUGGUUUAUCAGUGUCAUAUAAGAGCAUUAACAGAAAGGGAGAGGGUAGUAAGUGUUGGUUUGGAUAUAAUGAUCAGUCCUGGUGUUUGUACUUUUCUGACUCUGGUUUUGCAUUUUUUCACAAUAACAAUCGAACUGUCCUCCCUGUAGUGUCCAGAUCUUCUAGAAUAGGAGUGUAUGUGGAUCACAGUGCAGGAUCUCUGUCCUUCUACAGCGUCUCUGACACAAUGACCCUCAUCCACAAAGUUCAGACCACAUUCACUAAACCUCUCUAUCCUGGGUUUUACAUUAAUAAUUCAAGCUCAAAAGUGAAACUGUGUGCUGUAACAAAAUAAAUGAGACAGAGAUUCUACUAAUAAUAUUGUCAUGUCCCAGGUUUGAGCUCUAUGAUAUCAUUUGCUAAUUCAUUUAUGUAACGCGUUUAUGCAAAGGCUUGAACAUACAAUUGAUCGUUCAAUUCAUAUUUGAUCAUUGAUCACACACUGUAGAUCUUUCAUGAGUAUAAAAAUAACUUCAAAUAUGAAACUUCCUGCAUGAUGACCAUUUCUUUUUCUAAUUUUUCUUGUGUGUAUUAAAUCUGCACAUUAAAACCAUUAACUCUU